AUGAGGGCUAAAGCCUCAGACAUGCACAGCAAGGACUGCGUCAAAGUGGCCGUCAGAGUGCGGCCAUUUAACAAGAGAGAGAGGGAUGCAGGCAGUCAUUGUAUCAUCUCCAUGGUGUCUAGCUCCAUCAUCAUCCAGGACCCACGAGACUCUCAGAACCGCCGCUCGUUUUGUUUCGAUUACGCUUACUGGUCCCACAGUGGCUUCACACGAGACCAGAGUGGCCUCUGUGUGCCUGAAGAACCCGGAGGACGAUACGCUGACCAGGACAGCGUUUUCCAGGACCUUGGAGAGGGGAUCCUGGAGAAUGCACUUCAGGGUUACAAUGCCACUCUGCUGGCCUACGGGCAGACCGGCUCAGGGAAGAGUUAUUCCAUGGUGGGCUACGGGCCCAACAAAGGCUUGGUUCCUAAACUCUGUGAGCGUCUGUUUCAAGCCAUCAGAGAGAACCAAGACACAAGACAGAGUCAGGUCUUUUUCAGUAUGUUGGAAAUCUACAAUGAACAGGUGCUAGACCUGUUGUCUCGAGGGUCUCGUACCCCGGCAGGUCUCAGAGUCAGAGAGGAACAGCAAAGAGGUUUCUACGUGGAGGGUCUCCGAACAGUCCCAUGUGACAGUGCACCACAGGUGGAGCAGCUGAUGGAGCAGGGGACCAGGACUCGGACCACGGCUGCCACUCACAUGAACGCAAACAGCAGCCGCUCACACAUGCUCAUUAUCCUCCAGCUAAAACAGAUCUUCUCCAAAGAGAGCAUCACGAAGCAGUCCAACAUCAACCUGGUGGACUUGGCCGGCAGUGAGCGUCAGAGAUCCUCAGGAUCAGAGGCCGACAGACUCAAAGAGGGCACGGCCAUCAACCUGAGCCUCACCACACUUGGCAACGUCAUCAGCUCCCUUGCUGAUGUGGCAGUGGGCAAGAAGGUGGUCCACAUACCCUACAGAGACUCAGUCCUCACCAAGCUGCUGCAGUCUGCGUUGGGAGGAAACAGCCGUACUAUCAUGAUUGCCACUCUGAGCCCUGCUGAUAUCUGCUAUGAGGAGUCACUCUCCACCCUGCGCUAUGCUGAGAGGGCAAAGCGUAUCCAGAACCGAGCUGUGGUUAAUGAGAGCCCCACAGAGCGUCUGGUUAAAGAACUGAAGGCUGAGAAUGCUCGGCUGCUACAGCGCCUGAGUAGGCUGGGUCAGGAGGGACGCAGAGCUAACGACGAGACGAAGGAGCUCCGUCAGCUGUUGACUCACAACGAGCUCCAAAUCAGAGCUAUUCAGACUCUGUGGGAACAACACCUGCAGGAGGCGCUGAAGGAUUGGGAGCAACAGUAUGCUAACAUCACACAGGAGAGGAGGAUGAUGCAGAUGCAUCCCUACAUCCUGAAUAUCAACGAGGACGCUCAGCUCUCAGGGGUUGUGAAGUUGUUUAUUCAGGAGGGUGAAUGGGACAUUGGUUUGUGUGACUCCAGCCCAAGAUCCAUCUCUAUCAAGGGUUUAGGCAUUCAGGAGCGUCACGCUGGGUUCAGGAAUGAACAGCGUCGGGUAACACUGACUCCGCUGGCAGGGUCAAAGGUCAUUGUUAAUGGCUGUGUGAUGUCUCAGACAACUGAGCUUCAGCAUCUGGACCGUCUCAUCCUCGGCUCCAACUGCACUUACCUGUUUAUUGGUUAUCCCUCUGAGAGGGGCGGAGACGACUGGAGUCGCUACGACUACGACUACUUCCAGUCAGAGCUGGCUGCUGCUGAGGGCAUCCACUUAGGUGAGUCGAGUGUGGGGUCUGUUCAGGCUGACCCCAGUCUGCUUGCUGUCUUUUACGACUACAUCAAACUGAUGCCCAUGGUGGUUGAGGCCAACCAGAUGAGCCAGGAGCUGAACAAGGGGGUUGAGUUUAAGUUGGAGAUCAAAAAUCUGGCACUGUCAGACUCCAAAGGCCAUGAUCUGGAGAAGGAGAUUGUGAUCAGAGUCACUACGAUGGGAAGAAAACAGGUGUGGAUUUGGUCCAAGACUAAGUUUGUGAACCGUAAAUUUCUGAUGGAGGAAGUCUACCAGCAGCAUCAGGCUGAGAAGAGCGGAGAAAAUAGAGUGGAGGGGCUGUCCACAGUUGCUCUACCCAGAGAUAAAGACCCCUUCUGGGAUCCUGUGGAGCCUCUGCUUCUGGGAACAGCUCACCUCUGGCUUCAGUCUUUGGCCUUUCGAAUCCCUUUGGAGGAGCAGCUUGAGGUGCUGGGGUCAGAGGGCACAGAGGAGGCCAUUCUACAAGCACAGCUGGUCCCGUGCACCUCCACAGGACUCCCUCUCGGUGAGGAUGACAUCCUGAUCGAUCCAUCUGAGCUUCUGGGUCGACGGCUUGACUUCCAGCUGGUCCUGGAUCAGUGCUGCGGCCUCCGCUGGAUCAGAGAGGCUCGCAAUAGGGGGGUCCAGAUUGGGUUCAGGUUGUUUGACUGCAGCCAGCCUCUCUACACUCCGGCUGUGUGGCACAACGUGAACCCUCUGCUGGAACACAGAGUUCACUUCUCCUCCCUGCACACCUCCCAACGUCUGCUGGACUACCUGCAGAGCAGCGCAUUGGUGCUAGAGCUCUGGGGCCUUCAAGAGGGCUGCACUGACCUGAAAUCAGCUCUGGAGGGAGUGAGGAUGACUACAGAGGGAGUCUUAAUCAUCGAGGAGGAAGGCAAGGCAGACACAGCACCUUUAGAUUCAGCAGAGCUCAGCUGUUCAGUGAGAGCUCUGCAGCAGGACCUGGAGGAACUGAAGUGUGUGAACACUUCACUGAGAAAGGAAAAUGAAAGUCUGAGAGAACAGCUCAACACAGUCAGGAAUGGCGGAGAGAGUGUGCGUGGUCGCUUGUUGCGUCCCAGCUGUGAUGCAGAGUUUGCCCGAGCUCUGAAGGUUUUCUACCACAGCAUGACCUCAGUGAGAGGCCAGCUGCAGCGUCUGCGCAGACACAGGCCCAGCGAGGAGUCUGACCUGCUGGGGCUCAGGCUGUUUGUGGAUGAGCACGGUCGGAUGUUGAGGGAUUUCUCAGAGCAGCUGGAGCAGAGCGUCUCCACACUCAAACAAGACGUCGCCGCUAUCGUCCGCCGUAAACGAGAGCGAUCGGGAAUCUGGUCUUGACGAAGUUACCAACAAUCAAUAAUUCAACGAGAGGAAAAAGUCUCCUGUUAUGCUUUGAUUUAUGACAAAAUCCUACCCUGAGGAAACGUAUUCAUGGGGGAAAAGAAGCAGAAGAGAUACAUUAAACUUACUUUUGUUAUAAUUUUAAGUUUGGAGAAAAUAUUUGUAACAUUAUUUAUCAAUGGGCAGCUUCUUAUAGUGUACUACAGCUUAACAAAAAGAAUACAGUCUUUUUUUCCAUCAAAUUGGAUCUGUGCACAAUUAAAGGAGAACUUUUCAAAGUUGUUA